CAGGUUCGUCCUUCCUCACCAUUCUCAUGCUCCGCAUUUAAUUCUCAAAAUACGAAUUACUUAAUAAUUGAUUAAUUAAUUUCCAUUUUUCUUUUUAAAACUAUUCUUAGACUAUAAAUCUUGUCCAUUUAAUUUUUCCUUCUCAAAAAAAGAAAAAGAAAAAGAAGAAGAAAUCACUGUGCAAAUCAAUCGUUGACCGAAACCCUAGGGUUUCUACCCCUUAAGCUCUAGGGUUUGAUUGGUCCUCAACGAUGGAUUUGGAAUUGGUCAAGAAGGGUUUGAGUUUCUCUCAGAGGAGGAAAAAAUGGCUGAUUCUGCUCGCCGUGUUCGGCGUCUCCGGUUACGGUGUCUACAAGGUCUACAAUUUGCCCUCUGUGACCAAGAAGAGGAAAAGAUUGAUGAAGCUCUUCGGAGCUUUGGUUUCUAUAGCCGAAACGGUCGCCGACUCCGCCGAGACGAUCGGUGUUGUCUCUAAGGACUUGAAGGAGUUUCUACAAUCCGAUUCCGACAAAAUUCCCAAUAGUUUGAAGCAGAUUUCGAAAAUUGCGAGGUCGGAGGAGUUUUCCGAGUCCUUGGUUAGGGUUACGGAGGCUUUGACUCUUGGGAUUUUGCGGGGGUAUAAGGUUGAUGCGAAGGUUGAUGGGGAUUCAGAUACGGCUUCGGGGAAUUCGGGCUUUUCUGAUAGGGUUUUGGAGAAGCUUUUCUCUACUGCUGGGACCGGUUUUGUUUCGGUUGUGGUUGGAAGCUUUGCGAAGAACUUGGUUUUGGGAUUUUUCCACAAUGGUGAAUCUGGGAAUCGUUCUAGUGUGUCGAGUUUAUCGGAGGUGCCCGGAUGGUUAAAUGUGGUUUGUGAUGAUAAAUGUAAAGAACUCAUAGGGAAUUGCAUUCAAGUCUUUGUGAGCACCGCGGUUACGGUUUAUUUGGAUAAAACAAUGGAUAUCAAUGUGUAUGAUGAGUUGUUUACUGGAUUGACUAAUCCCAAGUAUGAAAAUAAAACGAGGGACAUUCUGGUUACUAUUUGUAAUGGUGCUGUGGAAACACUUGUAAAAACAUCUCACCAAGUAUUGACGAGUUCGAAUUCGAGUUCAAAAUUGGGGGGUUCAAAUUCUUCUUCCCCAAUUGUUGAUCUGAGUGAAGGUUCGAGUGCCAUGAAAGAUGAGUUUUUUCUAAGAGAAGGGUCUUUGAAGCAGCCGAAGGAGGAGGUAUUUUUUGAUGGAAUUCAGGAUAGUGGGUGGGUUGGCAAGGUUUCAUCUACAUUGGCAGUGCCAAGUAAUAGGAAGUUCGUGCUUGAUGUGACUGGCAGGGUGACGUUUGAAACAGUGAGAUCCGUUGUGGAGUUUAUGUUGUGGAAGCUAUUGGAUGGUUUGAAAAGAAGUCUUAAUUUUGUUCGUGAGGAGGUUGUCGACAGAGGAUUGGAAGUUAUCAGAUAUUUUAGUGCAAAGUCUUCUGUCAUUGUUACCAUAUGUCUUGCGUUGUAUCUACAUGUUUGUGGUGGUGCCAAGGUUCCCUUGCCUGCUUAAUUUGAUGCGAUUCUCCCUUCCUUACAAAGGUCUCAUCAUGGAGACUCCAAUGACUUAUACUGAAAUGGCUUCUUCUGGAUAGGUUUUUUUUAUGUAUAUCUUUGUCUUGAUUGAUUAAAAUGCAAAAUUGGGUUCACCUAUUUAGUCUUGAUUGAUAGAUUUAGCACUGGGAAAUUUUGUGCUUCCACUUAUUUCUAUGUAUAUAUGUCUCUUUAUUAAAAUGCAAAGUUGGGUUCACCUA